ACAACUCUAGCUUGAUCCUGUAGAAGAUAUUCUAGGUCCCCAGAAUCAGAGAUUUCAGACUCAUAAUCAAGACCAAGACUUGUCUCCUCAAUUUCCUCAUCAACCUGUCCAGCUGUUUGGACCCUGCAGCUGUCGUCAUCAAACCAGCGUCGGGAGCUCGUGACGUCAUCGCGCUCGGCCCCACCCUCCUCCUCCUCCUCCUCCUCAUCCUCCUCUGUGUCUCCAGACUUGUUGCAACAAGUCGGUCGGUCUUCCCCAAGUUCGAGACUUUCACGUCCACGCUCUCGACGCUCUCCAGCCGCUCCACGAUGGCCGCAGUGUGCAGAGCUUUAGUGGCCGCCGCUGUCCUCACUCUGUUCGGCGUGUUUCUCGGCGCAGAGGCGCAGAGUCCGACUCCAGCCCCGGUUCCUUGUGCCAUGAGAUCCAACACCAGCUGUGCAGAGUGUCUGAAGAAUGUCACAUGUUUGUGGUGUGGACCAACCCAACAAUGCAUCGACUACCCAGUGAGGAACCUCCUGCCCCACAGGAGCAUGUGUCCUUUGGAUGCUGCACGAUGGGGGGUCUGCUGGGUCAACUUCAAGGUUCUGAUGAUCAGCAUGUCGGUGGUGGCUGGCGUCAUCAUCAUCAUCAUCGGCAUCAUUUGCUGCUGCUGCUGCAGCAGAUGUCAAGGAGUCGGAAGCAAGAGAGAAGAUGCAACGGUGGAGCGACCAACCCGGAUGAGGAAUGCUGGUAAGAAACCCAGGAGCACAGAGAUGCAGUUGAGACACGAUGCAGUCAGGCCGAAAUAUGGUCUGGCAACGGAUAAUCCAUACUGCCAAAUGGACGAGCACUAGAAGAAUUACAGCAAUGAUUCUUUUCUUUUUUUUUUAUCCUUUAAGUUGAUUUUAUUGAUGCCAGUAACAUUGAGAUUCAGCAUAAAAGUAGCAUAUAAUCAACUGUGAUUGUGCAGAUUGAUUUCAGUGAUGUCACCAAUUUGUUCUGAAGUCCUUUUGACUGAAUGUGCACUAUAUUCCACACGUGGUCCGUUCACCUAAUGUUUCAUUUUUUUUAUACUCGUCGCUUUCGGCUAAUAAUAUUUCUUCUGUCUUCAUGUUGAUGUGAAUGAUUGUGUGAAAAUCUGUUCACUUAACUUGCUAUUCUCUCCACACAGGAAACUGCAUGUGUUCAUAUGGUCCACCAUCACAAGCAAACAGUAUUUGCAUAAAAUGCAGCUGAUGCUUAAGUGGCUUUUUAAACAGCAGUUUAAUUUUAAUUCUAUUUUUCUGAUCUUCAUUCAUGUCGAAAGCUAAUCUGUUAUUUUUAUAUGAAAGUUAAUUUGUAACAUGCAACACAUUUUACAUUAUUUUGGUAUAAAUACCAGAAUAAGAUUGAGAGCUUAAAUGUUUGUCCUUGAUUUACAUGUGAAGCAUUUGAUUCUUGUGCAGCUCUUGAAAACAAAAUGUGACCAUAAAUUUCUAAAUGAAAUGAACAAAA